GGGGUUCACAGUCACAGUCAGAGCCAGCGCUGCUUCUGCGACCGCGAGCCCAGAACAGUCUGAAGAGAACUGAAGAGAACUGAAGAGCCCCAGUCACACAGCAGCGGAGAAUCGAACGGAUCUCACGGUGACCGGAGGCAGCGACGCGGACGAGCCGCCGUGCGCGCGCCACAUUCAGGGCGAAGAAGGACCGUUGGUGUUUAUACAAUUGUGCAGGAAGGAACCAUGGUGGAUUUUUGAGAUCUACAGGGAAACAUUUGGAGAGUUUGGAUUUUAAAAGUAAUAAUAUCAAACAAUAAUAACUGAAGAGGAAACCAAAGCAAACCUGCAGGAGCAGGAUGAGGGCUUUUUCUGAGGGGAGAGCAGAACAGUGCGUUUGAGUGGGACAUGGCAAACGGUGGGGACCAGUUCGGCCUCGCUGAGCGUCCAGACUCGGAUUGCAUGGAUUCUCCAAAACAAACCAAACAGGACAAUCCCGGUUACACCAUCAACUCGCCAGCGUCACCGCAGACUGCGUCCAGUCAACAGGGAAUGGAGGGAAUCAAAGUUUCCCUUCAUGACAGGGAACUCUGGAGCAAGUUUGAUGACGUGGGAACUGAAAUGAUCAUCACUAAAGCUGGAAGGAGGAUGUUCCCCGGCUACAAGGUGAAAGUCACAGGCCUCAACCCUAAAACCAAGUACAUCCUCCUCAUGGACAUUGUCCCCAGGGAUGAUCAUCGCUACAAAUUUGCAGACAAUAAAUGGACCGUCACUGGAAAGGCAGAGCCCGCGAUGCCGGGGAGACUCUACGUGCAUCCAGACUCUCCCGCCACCGGUGCGCACUGGAGCCGCCAGCUCGUCUCCUUCCAGAAGCUCAAACUCACCAACAACCACCUGGACCCAUUUGGACACAUAAUACUCAACUCCAUGCACAAAUACCAGCCUCGCCUCCAUAUCGUCAAGGCGGACGAGAACAACGGCUUCGGCUCGAAGAACACGGCUUUCUGCACCCACGUCUUCCCGGAGACUGCCUUCAUCGCUGUGACGUCCUACCAGAACCACAAGAUAACACAGCUGAAGAUCGAGAACAACCCUUUUGCAAAAGGCUUCAGAGGCAGCGAUGACAAUGAGCUGCACCGCAUGGCCAAACUACAAGGCAGCAAGGACUUCCCUGUAGUCCCUCGCAGUACUGUCCGUCAGAGAGCUUGCUCCACUGGGAGUCCCUUCAGCGGGGAGGGCCGGGGACUGAGGGUCUCCCCCGAGGCUGUCCGUUCCCCUUACAGCUGCGAGAACAGCUUGAACAACAGCAGCCCCCAGGAGCUGCUGAGUGCUCCCCCUGCACACUACACCCUGCCUCAUCCUCACCUGCAGCCCAGCCAGCAGCCACAGGUUUAUCACUGCACCAAGAGGAAAGUGGAGGAGAACUGCUCUUCAGGAAACCGCACACACCAGUACAAGAAACCCUUCACAGGCAGCUCAUCAAGUGAAGGUCAGCCUUUUUAUCCCCCCUCCUCCUUCGCCCCUCCUCCAACCGCUUUAUCCAGCAACGCUGCCCUGGGUCUCACCGACUCCCCCUACAGCUCAGACAUGGGACAGCGUCAGGCGUGCAUGUUUGCUGAGUCAGAGCCCAGAUCACUGGAUGAGCUCAACUGUGCAUCCUGGUCAUACACCUGUCCUCUCCCCUCUGCCAUGACCCCCAUGGACUCCUACCCACACUACAGCCCUCAUCCUCCCUACAGCUCCAGCCCUCAGGGCUCUCGUCUCAGUGGCAUAGCCCACCAGAGCUCUCCGCUGCUGGGAGAACACAUCGCCCACGACCCCUAUCAGAGCCAGAGCUCUGGACCUCUGUCUCAGAGCUCCCAAAACAUUCACAGCAGGCAGGUCAGCCCUCCUCUCCGAGAGUAUCCUCGCUACACACCCAACCUCUCUCCUCCUUUGUACCACACACUAGAGACACACAUCAGGUGUGGAGUGCCAGAGUGGAGUGCAGCCUCCUAACUGAACCAGAGGACACACCUGGAUAAGUGGACAGAAAGUCUCAAACUCAACAUGCUGCACCGUAUACAGACUGAAUAUUAUUGUUCCAACAUAAUUGUGAAAAGUGUGACCUUGUGCUGCGUUAAAAAAAGAAAAUGUUCUCAUCUGUGAUUCCUGUUUCUCCUCUGUGCUCAAGACUGGACUUGGACGUGACGUGAAGCCUCAUUCAGCAGCACAAACAAAGUUGUUGUCAAUCAUCUAUUCACUUUUGCACUGUGAGUCCUUUAAGGACAGACUGUGAACAGCAUCAGGUCGUUUUCCUCUCAAUUACGCCCUCGCUUUGCAUCAUCAAGGACGUAGAUCAUGUCGGAUGAGCGGUAAUAUUUUCUGACCAAAAAUAAUCCCACCUCUCACAGCACAGCCUGAGGGAGACUUUUCUCUUUUUCUUUUAGUGGAGCAAAACACAGCUUCAUACUCCGUCUUGGUGAAGGAGAGCAGACAUGAAUCGUCUGUGCGGGUUCAUGUGUGCGUGUGUGUAAAACUUGUCAGCUCCACUCAAGGAUACUAUGAGUUAAUUUCCAGUGAGACGAGCAGUGGUAGCUGCCGGCGCUGCACUGUAGCGAUAAACAGUUUGUUUAGACCACACUUCAGACUGGAGGACCUGUACACGCCGUUUCCACUGCAUUGUGGGUAAAUGCACAUCUCAGCCUUCGCACAGCUGUCAACGCUGUCCUCUCGGUCACCCCCAGCUGACCAAUCAGCUUUCUACAUUCACCAGCAGCCGACCAAUGAACACGCGCCCCCUCUUUCCAUCUCCAGCUGACCAGUCCGGGGUUUCUGUGUCUGUGCGAUGGCCCACUUUUGUUUAAUGACUGUGAUCAUGUCGAUGCACCAGCUCUGUUGUUUUAAAUCAGUGCUCCUCAUUUCCAUUCGACUUUACUCCGACCAUUUGCGGACAGAACAUUUCCCCGCGUUGGUGUUGGUAUUACUCUCAUCACUGUAGAGUACUGUAAAGAAACAUUUGUGGCUCCUGUUGUGCAAACAAUGGUUUAUUUUUGUGUCACGACGCAGUCUUUAUAUUUCCGCCCAGGUUUAUUCAUGCAGUAAAUAUGUGAGAAUCCACGAGUAAACCGAGAACAGAUCAUCAUUAUUCCUCUGUGAAUUUGACGUGUGUGUGUGUGUGCGUGAAUGUAUGUGAAAGUAGGAAAAUGUUUGUUUUAUCGCCUUUUCCUCCUGAUAAUAGUAUUUAUUACUCUAGAUUUGAAAAUGUUGCUUUGUUAACUUGUCAAACAAGACAUUUGUUUCUUAUUUCACCCCCCCAUUCCCCAAAUGGUGAUAAAUACUUGUGACUUUUCUGUUCUAUGGAAACAAAUGCAGAUUUAUAUACAGAAAUUGAAUAAAUUUUAGAAAACGUUGCAUAACUC